GCGCAUUCAUGAACAUAACAUACCUAACCUUUUCUCCUUUUGGUUUCCUUAUUUUCAUUGUCACUUUCUCACUUUGCAAUUUGAAACUAAUUGUUGCUGAAAUUGUCGAAUAGUUUGUAGCCCUACAUUUGGCGUGUCUUUCAGCCACCGAACCAUUUAUUCUCGUCAGACUCCUUGACCACCAACAUGCAGUAGAGGUGGGCUGAUUAUGAUAUUCCACCCUUCCAAGGUGUUCGUAAGUGGUCAGUUAAACACAGGUAAACCUAAACUUCGGACUAUUGGCUCUUCCAUACUCUUCACAGCUCUUCAGUCAUCAUCCUAAUCGAAUUCAGUCGACCAAAGCUUGAAUGACGUUUCAUGAUUCCUAUAGAUGCAAAACAUUGUGUUAAUGGUAAAAUGACGAACAUCCUAUAAAAUAAUAUUAGAUACAAAAUGGAAGGGUACUCGUCAAUUGAGAAAAUUGGUGAAGGCACUUAUGGUGUUGUGUACAAAGCUAAAGAUCUUAAAACUGGAAAACUUGUCGCUCUGAAGAAGUUCCGGCUUGAGACAGAUACAGAAGGAGUACCAGCGACAGCAAUCAGAGAAAUCUCUUUAUUAAACCAGUUGCAACAUCCAAAUGUAGUAAAAUUGCUGGAAGUGAUUCAAUGUGAAACCAAGUUAUUUUUAGUUUUUGAAUUUUUGUACAAAGACUUGAAGAAGUACAUGGAUGUGUGUGUAGGCUCACUAUCAAUUUCAUUAAUUAAGUCUUAUUUACAUCAGCUAAUCAGUGCAAUAGAUUAUUGUCAUCGGCACCUUAUCAUACAUAGGGAUUUGAAACCUCAAAAUUUACUAAUAGAUGAAGUAGGUCAUAUUAAACUAGCUGACUUUGGAUUAGCUCGAGCUUUUGGCCUCCCAUUACGCUGUUUUACGCAUGAAGUUGUCACAUUAUGGUAUAGAGCUCCAGAAAUUCUUCUUGGUACAAAAAUUUACACAACUGCUGUGGAUUUGUGGAGUGUUGGAUGCAUAUUUGCUGAAAUGCUAACCAAGAAGCCACUGUUUCCUGGUGACUCAGAAAUUGACCAGCUAUUUCGCAUAUUUCGUACGUUAGGAACUCCAGAUGAAGAUUCUUGGCCAGGAGUAACACAACUGCCCGACUACAAAGCUGUAUUUCCUUAUUGGGAGCAGCAAGAACUGAAAGAAGUCGUGCCUCGCUUGGAUGAGGAAGGAAUCGACUUAUUUUCGAAAUUAGUAAAGUAUGAUCCUGUCAGUAGAAUUAGUGCAAGGUCUGCCUUGAAGCAUCCAUUUUUUGCCAACGUCAAACUAGUUGCUCCAAAUUUAGAAUUAAAAGCGUCAAAACAUUCUAAAGACGACUAUGAAUCAAAUGAUAGAUAAAGGCAUUCAGCAGCGGGUUAAAAGAUGAAAUCAGGCAAACUGUGAGCAAAAACUGAAAGUACUAUUACUAUCUCUAUCUCAAAUUGAUGGCUGGUCAAUGUUUCUUUGUGGCAAAUUAGCGUUGUUUAGCUGGAAAUUUGAACUGGUGACUAAAUUUUCCACUUAAUGAUUGUCGUCUGAAAAAUUCUGAGUUAUCCCUUGCUCCUGCAUCCCUGAAGAAGAGGGGGCUGCAAAUUCCGCAAAUAUUUCACCUGAAUACAUAUGUCACAGGCAAGAAGUCAACAUAGGCAUUUGAUAAAAUGCCUAGGUAGUAUGUCAAACAUUCUCACUCAGAUUAAAAUUGUGACUCUCAUGCUAAAUUUGAGCCAAAGAAGUAUUUGUCUUCAUGGAUAGGAUUUGUGGUUAAAAUCAUUCCAUAGUUGCUAUCAUGAUUUUUAGCCUAGAAAAGGACAUUUAUUUCAAAAGAGACAUCAUUUCAUAACAAGCGUUUUUAAAAUUUUGACCUUUAAAAAAGGAUGAGGAGCGUCUGGAAACUUAAUAUGCAAGUUUGGUGAAUUCUUACUGUCAAAAUAUUGAAAAUUCGAGAGCUUUUCCUAAAAAUAUGUGAAACUUUGUUGAGUGUCGAAGUUUGACUAACUGCCUAGGCAUUUGAUAAAAUGCCUAUUUUGACUACUUGCCUGCGACACAAAACAAUCUAUAACGCAAUUCUCCAGCACCAAUUUAGAAAAACUUAUUGGACUUACACAGUUGAAAAAUUUUCUUAAUAUAAUCAGCAUGCGCAUUUUAGGGUGCAAGCGCAAGUUUUCAGAUCAAGGGAUCAUAAUAUGAAGACUUUGCUAUGUCAACAAAAAAAAAAAUCCAAAAGAAAAAUGUUGGAAGUUCAGAACUUUUAAGUACAUAUCAACCUCCUUAAGCGAACUUCAAUGAAUGGUGCAUGUGACACAUCAGAAAAU